AUGAAGCUAUCUACAGAGCACAUUGAUAGCGAUAGUGGCCAUUCGCCUUCCGAUGAUGAGAAGAGAAUCGCUGUAGGACAAGGAGAGUUUGAGGCCCUUGGACAUGGCGAAAUUCUGCCAGAUCCAGAUGCACACCUCAGCCCGGAAGAAAGGGCGGCCAUCGACCGCAAACUCUUGUGGAAACUCGACCUCCGUUUAAUUCCCUGGCUGUGCCUCCUCUAUCUCAUUUCCUUUCUCGACAGAACCAACAUCGGCAAUGCCAAACUUGACGGGCUAGAGAAGAGUCUCCAUAUCACCGGCGGCCAAUACAAUGCCUGCCUGUCCAUCUUCUUCGUCUCCUACGCCCUCUUCGAACCCCUUACCAACGUCUUGCUCAAGCGACUUCGACCUAGCGUCUUCAUUCCCAUUAUCAUGACGCUAUGGGGUAUCACGAUGGUGACAAUGGGGCUGACCCAUAACUUUUCAGGGAUGAUGGCGGCGCGAUGGUUUUUAGGGACCGCCGAAGCUGGGCUUUUCCCGGGCAUAAACUUCUAUCUAUCCUGUUGGUAUAAACGCGAUGAGCUUGGCAUCCGAGCGGCCAUCUUCUUCUCCGCUGCCGCAGUAUCGGGAUCAUUUGGAGGCUUGCUUGCAGCCGCAAUUGGUAACAUGGCCGGUAUUGGUGGCAAAGAAGGAUGGGCUUGGAUCUUCAUCUUGGAAGGGUUGGCUACUGUGUGUAUCGGUCUCGCAUCCUUCUAUAUGGUUUAUGACUUCCCUGAUGAAGCAACUUUCCUCUCCUCAGUCGACAGACAGCGCGUACUACGACGCUUAAAAGCGGAUAAGCAGUCGUCAGCGGAGCAUGAAUCCUUCAAAAUGGCGUAUUUCUGGGCUUCGAUCAAGGAUUUGAAGACCUGGGUCUUUGCCGCGACGUACAUGGGCUGUGAUGUCCCUCUCUACGCCUUCUCCCUCUUCCUCCCCUCCAUCAUCGCUUCACUCGGCUACAAAUCAACCACCGCCCAACUCCUGUCUGUCCCUCCGUACGCAGCUGCCGCCAUCCUGACCAUCACAGUCGGCUACAUCGCCGAUCGAACCCACCAGAGAGCCCUCUGCAACAUCUGCACCUCUUUCCUCGGCAUGGCCGGCUUCGCGAUGCUCGUAGCUGGAACAUCCCCCGGAGUCCGCUACGCCGGUACCUUCCUCGGCGCCCUCGGCAUCUACCCCUGCGUCGCCAACACCAUCGUCUGGACCUCCAACAACACCGAAGGCGUCUACAAGCGCGGCAUCACCAUGGGCUUCGUCAUCGGCUGGGGCAACCUCAACGGCGUCGUCUCCUCCAACAUCUACCAAGCCACAGACGCGCCCCUGUACCGCCGGGGCCACGGCAUCGUGCUCGCCUACCUGACCGUCUUCCUGCUCGGAGGCAGCCUGUUGCAGUAUUGGUCGCUGAGGAGGGAAAACGCCAAGAGGAGGGCCGGCGGCAGGGAUCACUGGGCCGACGGCAAGACGGAGGAGGAGGUCCAGGCCCGAGGGGAUAUGAGGCCCGAUUUCUUCUAUACGCUCUAG